AUAAUUUAUUAAGAUAUACUCUCACGUAUAGGUAAGAAUUAGUAAAUCUCAACUGAGCCUUGAGUCCAUGCAAAUUCAAGUAUGUUGAAUUUGAAUGUCAAAUGGUACAGGAAUAUAUAAAUUGGUCUGUGCUGCUUGCUGCUGCUGCGUGCCAUGGGAAAGUAAAUAACACUUUCAAGGGAGCUUUGUUUCUUUUCCAAUACUCAACAGAAACUUCUUCUUCACUGUCAUGCAAUGAUUUCCACAACUAGCUUUGCCCUUAUUCUUUAUCUUCUAAUAUUAUUCAUCUCUCUUGCCAGUUCCCAGCAGCUCUUUUGCUACAUAACAGGAAACUUCACAACAAACAGCACCUAUGCCCAGAAUCGUGGCCUCCUCCUCUCUUCUCUUUCUUCAAAUAUCAAAAAAAAUGGCAGCUUCUACGCUACCUCAGUUGGCCAAGACAGCGAUAAGGUAUACGGUCUUGUGCUUUGCAGAGCAGAUUCUUCUUCAGAAGCUUGUUCCAUUUGUGUCGAUUAUGGGAUUCAAAAUCUCAUAUCAAACUGCCCUAACCAGAAAGAAGCAAUUUCAUGGGGAGGGGGUAGCGAUCUUCUUCCCUGCAUUAUUCGAUAUGCUAAUCGCAAUAUCUUUGGAAGAGCUGAGCUAGAACCUUCCAACGCUGGAUUCAAUUCACGAAACCUUCCAUCAAAUAUUACGCAGUUUAGUGAAAUCUGGAGCAGUUUGAUGGAACGAGUUGGAACAAGAGCUUCCAUGGGGUCUUCAGAGAUUAAGUUCGCAACUGGAGAAGCCAAUUAUUCAACAGGUCUUCAUGAAACCAUAUAUGUAAUGAUGCAGUGUACGCCUGAUAUCUCCCAGAGUUAUUGUAGUUAUUGCCUACAACAAGCUGUGGAUAAAUAUACAGAUUGUUGCUCAGGAAAGAAAGGAGGUUAUAUUCUAAAACCAAGCUGCUGGUUCCGGUGGGAUCUCUUCCCCUUCAACGCAUCGGCUGCUGCUGCUGAUGCUCCACCUUCACCUUCACCUCCACCUCCACCUCCACCUCCGCCUUCACCUACGACAACAAUUGCAAAAGAUAAUGGAGGCAUCAAGUCCGAUACUGUCGUCAUUAUAGCUGUUCCUGUGGUCAGCUUUCUGUUACUUAUUACUUUCACGUACAUCCUUUUCAGGAGAAGGAAACAAAGGCACCGGAGCAUGCAUGUUUCUGAAGGAAACGAUGAAAGUGCGCCUACCGUUGAAUCCUUGCAAUUCGACAUUGAGACUAUAAGGGGUAGACUUCCUGAUGGACCAGACAUAGCCGUGAAGAGGUGGUCAAGAAAUUCUAGACAAGGAGAAGUUGAAUUUAAAAAUGAGGUCCGAUUAGUUGCCAUGCUUCAACACAGAAACUUGGUUAGGCUUCUAGGUUUCUGCCUACAAGAAAGGGAGAAGCUUCUCAUCUAUGAGUUUGUUCCCAACUCAAGCCUUGACCGUUACAUUUUUGAUUUGAAUAGGCGACUGUUGCUCGAUUGGAAUAAAAGAUACAAAAUCAUAAAAGGCGUAGCUCGAGGAAUGCUUUACCUUCAUCAAGAUUCUCGUACACGGAUUAUUCAUCGUGAUCUUAAAGCUAGUAACAUUUUGUUAGAUGAACAAAUGAAUCCUAAAAUUUCAGAUUUUGGAACAGCAAGAUUGUUUGCAAUGGACCAAUCUCAAGAUUCUACACGUAGAAUUGUGGGAACCUAUGGAUAUAUGCCUCCAGAAUAUGCAAUGCACGGACGGUUCUCAGUGAAAUCUGAUGUAUUUAGCUUCGGUGUGCUUGUAUUGGAAAUUAUGAGUGGUCAAAAAGCUGCUUGUUUCCAAAACGAAGAGAUGGAUGAAAACCUCCUUACCUAUGUGUGUGCAUGGAGAAAUUGGAAUGAAGGAACGCCUUUAAAUCUGAUAGAUGCUAUUCCAUUAAGCGAUGGUUCGAGAAACGAAAUGAUAAGAUGUAUCCAUAUUGGGUUACUGUGUAUUCAAGAAGAACCGACGAGGAGACCCACCAUGGAUUCUGUUAUUCUUAUGCUUAGCAGUCACUCUCUAUCUCUCCCACAGCCCGAUAGAGUUGCAUAUUUACUGUACAGUACCGUAGACGAAGAACGACGAACACCACCUAAUCAAGAAAUAAAUGUGGUAAAUCAAUCAAUAAACGAGGCUUCAUUUAGUGAACAAAGUCCUCGAUGA